AUGCACACCCCCAUCUCCCCCGCAAUCCUCUACUGGGGCACCCCCGUCGUCCUCAUCACAACCACCAACCCGGACGGCACUCCCAACAUCGCGCCCAUCUCCUCCGCCUGGUGGCUCGCGCACCGCUGCGUGGUCGGCCUGGGGGGCAGCUCCCAAAGCACCGAAAACCUGCUGCGCACCGGCAACUGCGUUAUCAACCUGCCCACCGACGACAUGGCGCCCGCCGUCAACCGCCUCGCGCGCACCACGGGCACCGACCCGGUGCCCGUAUGGAAGGCCUCCACCGGCCACGUCUACGUGAAGGACAAGUUUGCGCACGCGGGCCUGACGCCGCAGGCGAGCGAGGUGGUCGCCACGCCGCGGAUAAAAGAGUGCGCGGUGCAGAUGGAGGCCGAGCUGGCGGGGGCGCACGAGAUGAUGGAAGAGAUGGGCGGGCUGAAGGGCGCGAUAAUGGCGGUUGAGCUGCGGAUUGUGCGGACGCAUGUCGAGGAGGCGCUGCUGUUAGAGGGGCAUGCGAACCGGAUCGAUGCGGCGAAGAUGCGGCCGUUGAUCAUGUGCUUCCAGGAGUUCUAUGCGAUGGGGCCGAAAGUGGCGGAUAAGAGCCGGUUGGCGGAGGUGCAGGAGGAGAAUUAUCGCGUGUUGACGGGGAGUACGGUUGUGGAGGGCGAGGUGGUCGAGGUAAAAAAGGGCGAGCUUUUGUAG